AAUAAAUUUGUUUGCAAAUGGAUUUCGGGUUGGACCUCCAAAUGAGUAUUGUGCAUAACCUAGAAGACGUGCUUGCUUGCUGCUUCUGAUACAACAAAAUAGAUGUAAACAACCAUUAUGUGUGCAAACAGUGAUGAAAACUUAGGUGCCACUGCUGCCCUCCAGCUAAGAACGAGAAAUGUGAGUGCACCAAAGGCUCAAAGUUUGUAAAAGUCUUCACUGGCAAUAAGAAGUAUAAGCAACCACUCAGAAUUGUCAAGAAAGUAGAAGAGCUAAUUGAAAUGGAAAAAGUAGAGAAAGUACAGGAACAAGAGACUAGAAGGGUCAAGGAAGAGAUCGAAGAAACUGAGAAAGAAAUUGAAAUAUUUCAGUAUUUAGUAGAAUAUUUGAGCCAAAAUCAUCAAGAAACUCCUCAAGUCAAUUUUGAAUAUGAAGAAAAUUUUCCUGAUGAAAAUGCUGGAGAAUCACUGUUCUAAAAUGUUAGAAAUUUAAACAGAUUGAAGACUUCUAAUUUUAUUCAAUAUUAUA